AUGGAUGACGAUGAUGAUGAUGACGUCGUCGCGUGGCUGGAGUUCCCUACUACAUCUUAUACAUCAGAGAAUUAUUGGAGAGAUCGUCGCACUUCGGCCGGGAUCGCUAAAGGGCAUCGCAAUCUUCCUGGGAUCAUCUUCAUCUUCUUGUCUGUGACUGGGCUGGAUCCACUAUACGACGUAUUUUCUUUGUCUUCUUCUGCCUUCAAGUUCAUGGCAAAGAAAUAUCCCGGGUAUAUGGCGACUCGGAUACAGUUGCCGCGAGACUUUCAAGGGAUAACCGUGGAUGCUGGCGGGAGGUUUCUUGGAUCACACGUUCGGCCGGCGGCAAUGCAGACGAGGGUUCCAUGGUCCAAAUGUAUCACAAUCAGGGAAUGAGUAUCCGAAGUGUCGCGAUGGAGGCACGUUAUUGAUGGUGACACAGACACAACACCUACAGAGACAGAAUAGAAAAUAGAAAAUAGAAAAUAGAAAAUAGAAAAAAAGAGGGUCCGGGCAACGUGGACAUCGAUGACGAUCACUGGCUCGACCAUCAUCGGCUGACUUGAGGAUCUUCUCAGACACAAUGCCG